AUGCAGAUGGUGGCCGAAGAGGAGGCGCCCAGGUCCUUGUCGCCAAUCAUGCGGACUCGUCUGGGAGAAGGACACAGCCAACCCUCGUCUCCCCUACGCACCACUUUUACUCCAGAUGUCCCAACUCCAGCGCAGACGACUCUUUCCAACGAACUGCUCCGACCCCCGACCGCUGUCUCUGUACAUUUCGGCCCUCCUACUCCUGCCGACUUCAACCUGCCAUCAUUCAAGAGCUUCCAGAAUGGCUCAGCCCCUCGCUCCGUCUCGGCCACAAGUCCUCGUCCGCGACCAUUCGUCCUGCGACAUGACUCCGACCCAACCUUGCGUACCAUGUCCCGCAAUAGAGAUGCUAGUGGAGGCAGCGGUACCCAGACACCGCCUGAAAGAAGAUUAGGGGAGGACCAGCUCGAUGGCGCAGAUGAACAUGGUCGUCAGGGCUCCUUCUUCUCCCGUCUAAAAGCCAUGGCUACACCAACCCAUUCGCGCCAUCCUAGCGAAUUCACCAAUGCUUCAGUAUUGAUGACCCCUACGGAAGAGCUGGAAGAGCCACACUUUCCUUUGUACUCGCACUCGCAGCAUGAUGGCAGCGAAGCCGAAGGCGAUAUUGAAGAGAGCUCUAUGGAUGAAGCAGCCGACGGCCACGAGCCUCGCCAGAAGCGCAAGGCUAGGAGAAAGAUGGAAAAGACGCCGUCCGCUGGCCCUUCGACACCACGUACUCCGCGCUUUCCUUCUUUCUUGCGUGAUCAUGCUGAUAGAACUCCACGCCUGCCGCGCAGAGCCACCAUGACGGAUAUCCCAGAAAAUUCGAGAGCAGGUGUCAGCGAGGAUGAAGGCCGCGAUCGACUUGCCAAGAGUGCUUGGAGACGUGGUCUUGAGGGCGCGCGAGGUCUGAGUUACGCACCUCGCAGUAGCAGGCCUGCAAACGAUGCUGCUGAGCAGUCUGACUCAAAUCGUCCAACUACCUCGAGGAGAUUCACUGGUUUCGGCGCACUUGAUGGCUCAGCCUCACCGUGGAGAGGCCGUGGCGAGCGUCAGCCGAGCGCCAGUGCUCAAAAAUGGAAACAAGUGAAGGCUGGUCUGAAACUGCUUGGUCAGCGCAAGAAGGACGAACGUGUCAAAGUUGACCAUCAAAAGUCUACAGAACUCAUGGCUGAGCUACUUGCGGGUUCGCCUGCUGCUAUCUUCUUGGCUAGUAUGUACCAGCGUGAUGAACACGGCCGUCGCAAGAUUCCUGUCUUGCUUGAGCAACUCAAAAUCACCAUUCCUUCGAGUCAAAACCGCGAGAGCAAGUCCGGUGAUCGCCACAUGGUCUUCACCAUCAACCUUGAAUAUGGAAGUGGGCCUUCACGUAUGUCGUGGACCAUCCACCGUUCUCUCAGAGACUUCAGCAACUUGCACCUCAAGUACAAAUUCCAAAGCCAGUCCGAGCGAUACUCGAUACUCAAGACCGACGAUCGCUCGAAAGCAAAGAUUCCCCGAUUUCCCAGAAGUGCUUUCCCCUACCUUCGUGGUGUGAGAGGUCUAGCUGAUGACGAGGAAGAAGAAGAUGAUAAUGCUAUAGCUGAAGCGAGCGGUCCAGACGGCGAAGCCAGCGGCCCUGAAAGACCUGGUAUGAAGAAGCGACGUAGAACGUCCUUUGCACUGUCCAGACGUAAGUCAAGCACUGGGCAUGCAUCUGGUCCUGAUGGUGUGACUGGCGAAGUCGCUAGAGCUGGCAGUAUUGCCGGUGCCCCUGGAGGCGCCAAAGCCAAAGAUUUGUACAACGAGCGUCAACGCAGGAAGCUCGAGAACUAUCUGCAGCAGAUGAUUAGGUGGCUAGUAUUCCGUCCUGACAGCACACGAUUAUGCAAGUUCCUCGAGCUUUCAGCUCUGUCUUUGCGUCUAUCAGUCGAAGGUGGUUAUCACGGAAAGGAGGGCUUGAUGUCCAUCAUCUCCAAGCCCAACAUUGACCUGCGUAGAAGGCCUGUCACUGGUUCAGUCUCGGCCUUCAAGAGAAAUGCGGAGCCAAAAUGGUUCAUGAUCCGCCACAGCUACAUCGUUGCCUUGGAUAGUCCCGAGUCACUAGAGCCACGCGAAGUCUUCCUGGUAGACGGCGAUUUCACUACCGACAAGGCUGGCAAANAGAGAUUGAGAGACCAAACAGCAGAAGAACUGGCCAAAACUGCUGGCAACGCAACGCAACCAAAGCACCACAUACUUCGUCUAUACAACUCGGAGCGGAAACUGAAGAUGUUGGCCAAGAACGAGCGCCAACUGUUACAGUUCCAGGAGUCUAUUGACUACAUGGUGAAAAACACAGUCUGGUCGCUCAAACAUCGCUUCGACAGUUUUGCGCCGGUCCGCAAGAAUGUCUUUGCCCGUUGGCUGGUUGAUGGUAGAGAUCACAUGUGGCAAGUUUCGCGAGCCAUUGACAACGCGAGAAGCUUUGUGUACAUUCACGACUGGUGGCUCAGUCCUGAGCUCUACCUCCGCCGACCAGCUGCAAUCAGUCAGAAGUGGCGUCUUGACCGUCUUCUCCUACGCAAGGCCCAAGAGGGUGUCAAGAUCUUCGUCAUCGUCUACCGCAAUAUCGAGUCUGCCAUCCCCAUCGACUCGGAAUACACCAAAGCCUCGCUCCUAGACCUCCACCCCAACGUCUGCGUUCAACGUUCGCCCAACCAGUUCAGGCAGAAUCAGUUCUUUUGGGCGCAUCACGAGAAAUUGGUGGUGAUUGACAAUGCUAUGGCGUUCGUGGGUGGUGUAGAUUUGUGUUUUGGAAGAUGGGAUGACCCUCACCACUCGCUGACCGAUGACAAGCUCACUGGCUUCGAGUUGGACAUGGAAGGACCCAGGACUGCGGACAAUUGUCAGGUCUGGCCUGGUAAAGAUUACUCGAAUCCCAGAGUGCAAGACUUCUACGGGCUGGACCGUCCGUACGAGGAGAUGUACGAUCGCACAAAGGUACCUCGUAUGCCUUGGCACGAUAUCGCCAUGACUAUCGUUGGUCAGCCUGCGCGAGACGUGGCUCGUCAUUUCGUUCAGAGAUGGAACUACAUUCUCCGACAGCGUGUGCCUUCUCGUCCUACGCCAAUCCUGCUGCCUCCACCUGAGUUUGACCAAAGCGAGCUUGAACGUCUCGGCAUGACUGGUACCUGCCAGAUUCAGAUCCUCCGUUCUUGCACAUCCUGGUCGAUUGGCACACCAAACAAGACCGAAUGCAGUAUUAUGAACGCCUACGUCUACCUCAUUACCAAUUCUGAACACUUUGUGUACAUUGAGAACCAGUUCUUCAUCACAAGCUGUGUCGUCGAAGGUACUCAGAUCAACAACAAGAUUGGUGAUGCUCUUGUUGAGAGAAUUCUGCUUGCCCAUGAGAGAGGUGACAAUUGGAGAGCAUGCUUGAUCAUUCCUCUGAUGCCUGGCUUCCAGAACCAAGUCGACUCACAAGAUGGAACCAGUGUUCGUCUGAUCAUGCAAUGUCAAUACCGCAGUAUCUGCAGAGGAGAAUCAUCCAUCUUUGGCAGGCUACGCGCUCAAGGCAUCGACCCUACGCAGUACAUUGAGUUCUAUGCUCUGAGGCAGUGGGGCAAGAUUGGUCCUCGCAAGUGUUUAACCACCGAACAACUCUACAUUCACGCCAAAUGUAUGGUUGUUGACGAUCGCAGUGUCAUCAUCGGAUCUGCCAACAUCAACGAGCGCUCCAUGUUGGGUUCGAGAGACUCUGAAGUUGCUGCAAUCGUUACCGAUCAAGAGAUGAUUCCUUCUUUCAUGGGCGGUAAGCCCUACGAUGUUGGAACUUUCCCGCACUCACUUCGCAUGCGUCUUAUGCGCGAACAUCUCGGAGUUGACGUUGACGAAAUCUACCGUCGCGAGUGUGAAGCUGAAAAGGCCUUCCAAGAUGAGGAGAUGGAACGUAUCUACAGAGACGAUUUCAUGACGCCACCUGAGACUCNNCCCCCUGCUCAUGGCUUGACCGAGGAGAACUUGCAUCAUAACAGUGAGCGAGAUGGGAAGGCCGGUGUUUUGCACAACUUCCUGAACGAAACAGACAAUGGCCAAGCUGGUCAGAUGGAUGGUGCCGGCGGGAAGAAGCAUUCGGUUGACAGACCUCAUGACCUCGAUGUCGCCGGAUUUGGUGCCGAUAACAUGAAGAACCUUGAGAACGUAGUCGACAUGUCUGCCAGAGAUACUUAUAUCACACCCGACGGUAGGGAAGUGCUCAAGAGUGCCAAUCUGCUUGACGCUGCCGCACGUCCCAGGUCUUCCUCUGUUAGGAGAGACAUCAUCAACCACAACGUCUACGAUCUUCCCCACAAUGCCACUGAGGCAGGUCGUUUACUCCCUCCACCCAUGCCACCUCGUAUGAACACACGCGAGCUUGGCUUGACACAACUGUCGCAACUCCCACCACUUCCUGUCUGCGACGACUCGGACAUAGGUGGCCCCUCGUUGAUCCAGGAGGUUGAUUCUGAAAAUGCUCAUAUCAUCAAUCCUCUACUCAACUCUAUGACACGACCUGUAGUCGAUGAGGACUGCAUGCGUGACCCAUUGGCCAACGAUUUCUACAAGAAGGUUUGGCACCAGGUAGCAGAGAACAACACUCGCAUAUACCGUCAAGUCUUCCGCUGCAUGCCAGAUUCUGAUGUUCAAUCGUGGGCCGAGUACCGCAACUUCAAUGCAUACAACGAGAAGUUCAUGCUGUCGCAAGGUUUGGGCACGAGUGUGCCACUUCCUAAACCUGCUGGGGAUGCACCCGAUUCUAGUGGUCCUCCUGGCUCUGGUGGCACUGACGCCCUCUCCUCUGUCGCGAACGUUUCAGAACGUGCAAGCAAACACGCCAGCAACAGAUUUAGUGGACUGAGCAGGCUUUUUGGUAAUCGUCCCAGUACUUCUCACUCAAACAUUGCUGCCACGAACGGAGAUAUGUCUGAGAAGAAUGAAAAACAAGCACUGGACGGUGCCCCUCGUACGUCUGACUCUGCAAUGAACAACGGCACCGACGAUGCCGCUACCGAAGAGCCUUUCGACGAGAAAGCGGCCGCUCAACGCAAUGACACAGCCAAUACGGACGCUACACUUGCACCACCACCCCUUGAUGGCGUCCCGACCAACAGCAGCGCCACUACCAACGGCGCCCCCGCACGCAUCAUGAAGUCUCGCACUAUUCAGUUCCCUGAGAUGACGGAGAAGGAAAAGAACUUUGAACCUGGUCAAGUGCAACAUGCGGCUACUGUUAGUGGCAGUGGAAACAUGCAAUACAGCACCUCUAAGCGCAGACGCAAUCGUGCGAAUACUAAAGGCAGUAUGAAGAAUGGAGGUGUGUUCGAGCCUGAAGUCCUUACCAAGGAGGAGGCUGAGGGCUUGCUGAAGCUUGUGCAAGGACAUUUGGUUACUUGGCCUUAUGACUGGCUUGAGAGAGAAGAAAAGGGUGGCAACUGGCUCUACAAUAUCGAUCAGAUUGCUCCUCUGGAAAUU